GGCCUUCCCUCCCUUUUUCUGUGGUGGGAUUGUACAGCUCCAGAGCAAGCUGCAAUCUAUUUCUGUCCCUGUAUAUUCUCUUCUGGCUGCUGCCAACCAGACCCUGCGUUGUCACGGUGAUAGACAUCUCCACUAGCCUCCCUCAGCCAAUCAACACACCAGGUGUUUAUGCCAAGAAACAUGAUCAUUUUCCAUUUCCUUCCCACUCCUCUUGCAUGAGACUAAGGGAUUAGUAGCAAAGCCUAGUGAAGAGCACUCAGUGAAAAACAGAAACCUUGGUAGUGGCACUCUGAGGAUGGAAAAUAAAGUGUUUAGCUUUGGAGGAAGGAGCUGAACUCCAUUGAUUAAUCAAGGUGAGAAAGAAGAUGAACAUGAAUUCACUUUGAUAACCUGGAACUGGUACAGCCUAAGAAAACACUAAAGAAGUAAUAAAACCAGAAAUGAAAACAUUGGAAAAAAAAUAUACACCAUUUUUUGAGAAUCACACUAUCAGCUUGGAGACUGUAUGUGAACAUUUUGGAAAUUAUGGCACUUAUUAAAGAUAUUUUACCAAAAUUAAGACAAUUGAUUCUGCUGGAUCCUGCAAAAUGAAGCAGCAAGGAUGUAGCAGACAUAAGUAUUGAUAGAAUAAUAACAUUUGCAUCAUGGAGACUCCUGAACCCACUAUUGCAGUCGGAUGUUCCCCACAGGGAGGCACUUUGAAAGAAGAGAAACAUUCUGAUUCUGAAAUGGUCCAAAGAGAUCAUUUCCCUGGCACCAAGGACAAAAUACCACUAACAGAGAGACCCCACAGAGAUGAUUUGAGGUCAUGUCCCAGUAAUGAGACACAAACAGUGGGAGCAGGAACCAGUCCCACCUUACAAGCCAGUGACCAAAAUCCAAUCUACACAUGCAGGAAGACACAGCGUUUCCCUCCUCCUGGAAAAAGAUGUUUCCAAUCAAGUGUUAACCUCCUGUCAGUGGGUGUGCACAAAAAAGAGAUGAAAGUGAAAAAGACAGGAAAGUAUGUGUGUCAUUACUGUGGGAGAGCAUGUGCUAAACCCAGUGUGCUGAAAAAACACAUACGUUCUCACACUGGUGAACGACCAUAUCCGUGCGUUCCUUGUGGUUUCUCAUUUAAAACCAAAAGCAAUUUGUACAAACACAGGAAGUCUCACACACAUGCUAUCAAAGCAGGACUGUUUCCAUUUUCAGAGCAAGAUAGGAAGCUUGGGAGUGUGGAUGAAGAAGUGACCGUAGGAGAAGGAGAAAUGCACUCAGAUGCAGAGCAAAGCACUGACACUGAUGAGGAGGUGAGGGAAGAGGCAACUCUUGCACAGAGGCAGUCCUUGCACAAAGGCAGCUCUAUCCAAAUGAAGGACAGGGGGGAUACUAUACAGGACAUUUGUGGUAGACAUACACAAAAGAUCCCUGGGAUAACUUUUACACAGAGUCCAUCAAAUGAGAGUACGUUAGGAAAAGUAUCUUUAUGGCAGUUUAGAGAAAUGAUGACACCUGUAAUUGUCACCCAGGUGGACCACGAAAUUGAGUCUACUACCAUAAAGCAAAGACUUGCCCUUAGGCUUUCAGAGAAAAGAAGUCAAGAUUCCCUCUCUCUCCCUAGCUCAUAUAGCAAAGGCAGCACUGACUCUGGCUACUUUUCACGCUCAGAGAGUGCAGAACAACAGUGCAAUCAAGCAAGUGCAAAUGCCAAGUCAUACCAAGAAAUUAUGUUUGGGAAAUGUUAUAGACCAAGUGCCAAGCCAAGGCAAUCAAUCACUGUACAGACUUGCAUAACAGACACAAAUGAGAGUUCAUCCAGUUUUAUGAUUAAAUUGACCAAAGGAAUGGCACCUGAGGAAGCCACAUGCCAUUUGCACAGACACAAAAAAGACAUGGCCAGAUCAAUAAAAAUUGAAUCAGAAUCUUUUCAAGAAGAAGAAUAUAAGGAAAUCCCAGAGAUAUUUCAGUGUAGGACUGAACUAUUAGAAACCCCACCAGAAUAUGGUUUACUUUUACGGAGCAACUCUCUUCCAACACCUUCUGAAUCUAAUGUAAGUGCAUCACAGGCACUAAGAAGCAGUAAUUCUUUUGAUGAGAGGAUGACAAACGAUGAAAUCUCCUUUCGUAGCUCAAUGGGAAUGCGAAAACUUAUGAGACAGGCUGCCUUUGAGCAUUCUGCACAUGAAGGACAUGCAGAACCGGAUAACCACACUUUGGUUUGUGGCCUGAAAUUAGAGCCAAAAGUUGACAGUGCUGAUGAUUCUAAAAUUGGAAUAGAGAAUUGUCCAGAAUCAGAGUCAUGCCUCAUGUUUCAAAACCACAUGAUGGAAAAUGCUACAAGGAAACGUAGAAAAGGAAAGAACAUUAUGGAAGAUGAAGAUUUUCCAACCCAAAAUAAGCCUUCAUGCUUGCCUGACCUCACAUGGGACCUUUGUACAAAGCAAGAUAUUCCGGAUGCUACAUAUACUGACACAGAGAGAUGGUCUGGUAGUAAUGUUAUCUCUGUAAUUCAACACACAAAGUCAUUAAGUAGGCCAAGUUCUGCAGAAAAGUCCAUUGAUUUUGAGUCACAACAGUUUAAUAAAAAUACCCUUUACCAAUUAAUAGAAAAGGAGCAAAUUAAGGAAAAAUGCAAAACCGACCCACUCAUGCAUUCUGGAAAAAUAGAGAGUCAAUACAGUGGAAGCAGUUUGAUCUACCAAUGGUCUCAAUUAUCUAAACAACUAGCUUUUCAAUCUGGUAUUCAAGUUCCAGAGAUUAGGGUUACUGAGGAGCCCGACAAACCAGAAAAAGUACGAGACGUGCAGGUUAGACCAAAUGAAAAAAACAGAGAAGAAUUCCAGUGGCCUCAGAGGAGUGAAACUUUGUCAAACUUCCCAGUUGAAAAGCUACCUCCAAAAAAGAAACGCCUGCGUUUAGCUGAGAUGGAAUGUUCCUCUGGUGAAUCAAGCUUUGAAUCUGCUUGUACUAGUCUCUCCAGAAGCCCAAGUCAAGAUAGCAAUUUAUCUCACAGCUCAAGCUUUUCUCAAUCACUUGACAGAGAGGAAGCUAUGAAUGUCCCAUCUCCCGCUAAAUCAGAUGAGUUUAGCAAGUGUUUGGAGUUCUUGUCUGUUCCAGGAAGCUCACUAAGCCAACAGAGAGAGAUGAGGCGCUCUGCAUCAGAACAGGCACCAUGCAACUUAUCCACUGAAUUACCAGAAUUUAGAAGCAAGUCAUUUGAUUACAGCAACCUUUCUUUGUUGAACAGCCCUAUUCAAAGUGAAAUCUAUGCCAGUGAUUGUGGAUUUAAAGAGCGAAGAAGAGGCUGUUUGGUUAGACAGGCUUCUUUAAGUGGUGAUCCAGAGGCUUUGACACAUGAUAAAUCUAUGGAGAUGAAUGCUAUACAGGGAAGCUCAGAAGCAGCUGAAAUGUGCAGGAAAAUGUCUUCACCAGACAAGCAGUUUUUGUUGGAAGGUUCCUCUAGUGGCACUGAGAAAAUGAGGUACUUGCUGGUACAUGGAAGUGUUUCCCCACAACAGCUAAUUUCACCAGACUUGACUAGAAUGCCAGAGCAAAUCCCUCAUAAACAGCCUCUUCUUUCCCAGACUUUACAGAUGCAUCAAUAUCAUGGCCUAAAGCAGAAAAUCAAGAAAGAACCUGAAGAUUUGAAAUCAGUGGAAGAUCCUAGAAUAGCUCUGGCAGAUCUACCAAAAGAUCAUUCACAGAGUGUGACUAAUGUCUUGUCAACAAUAGCAGUUCUUUCACAAGCUCAGCCUGCUUUAGCCAAUCCGAGAAUGCCUGGUCUGUUAGUUCCAGUCAGAAUUCAGAUGCAAGUACCAUGCUAUGGAAAUAUCACAUACACUAGUAUAUCUCAUAUUCUGGAUUCUCAAUACGUGACAAACUUAACACCAAAUAAUGUUAUCACUCAAAGUAAAUGUUUAAAUGUUACAUCACAACACAGAAUAGGGUUGGAUGUAUGUCAAACACCAGGACAUCCAAGAGAACUUCUGCACAACCUACCAUCAUCACCUGCAAAACUUAAUACAGGCAUACCACUGUCCUUGACUUCUAGAACAAUUUCAACAACAGAGGCUCCAAGCGGUGGAGCUAGUAAGCGAAUGCUUUCUCCUGCAAGUAGUAUCGAGCUCUUCAUUGAAGCAACUCAGCAAAAACGAGUCAAAGAUGAGAAUAUGUAUGGGCAGAUUGUAGAAGAGCUUAGUGCUGUAGAAUUGGGACAUCCUGAUCUUAGAAUUGAGAAACAGAAGAAAGAAACUAAGUCAACACAUGUACAAAAUCCACCAGGAACUGUUGAGGAGAUAGAAAUGGAGGAUUCUAAUAUAGAUGUCUACAAUAAAGCAGGGUUACCAUUGUCCAGCAGUGUUUCUCCAGAAGCAAUUUUGGUAAACAAUAUACCUAUCCCAGUGCAGAUUGCUAAAAGAGAUAUUGCAAAUACUUGGAUACUAUCUCAGUUUCCUGGUCUUCACACUACAACAUGUGUGAGUUGGUGUUAUCUUAAUAGUUCUAAACCAAACACCACCCAAUCAGAACCUAAUUUCUCUGUUUAUGCCUCUUGGUUUAUGAGACGCCAUAACCCAAAUCCACCAAAUCUCAGUACUGGAAAGGCACUUGCCCUUCUGCAAUCUAAACAAAAGAAACAAAAUACCACAUAUACAAUUGCAGCUAUGUAUCAACCUGGAAUACUUGUUACUUCAACUUUGUCAAGUCACAAGCUGAAACAGGGGACCAUUGAGGCUAGGGUGGAAGACAUAACAUAUGAUACACAAAUGAAGGAUAUUAAGCAAAAGUGUAAACCAUCACGUGACAAUAGCAAGGAAACUGAGGCACCUUUAAGGCAAACAGAGCCUGCUCGUGUAAAGAUCUUUGAAGGAGGGUACAAAUCAAAUGAGGACUACGUGUAUGUCAGGGGACGUGGCCGUGGGAAGUAUAUUUGUGAAGAGUGUGGAAUUCGGUGUAAAAAACCAAGUAUGCUAAAGAAACAUAUACGUACUCACACAGAUGUGAGGCCCUACAUAUGCAAGUGCUGUAACUUUGCCUUUAAAACAAAAGGGAACUUGACGAAGCAUAUGAAGUCAAAAGCCCACUUGAAAAAAUGCCUUGAGCUUGGUGUUUCACCCAUGAAUAUGGACAAUACAGAUGUUGCUGAACAUGAAGAUGAUGCACAGAAAUUGUCAGAGAUCAGACCAGUAACUGAUGCAGCCAUUAAACAUCAGUUUUCUGAUGCGGAUGAUUCAGAUGGUGGCGAGGAAGAUGGAGAUGAACCAGAUGAUGAUGAGGAUGAUGAAUAUGAUGGGGACUCUACGCCAAGAACCCACUCCAGAAGCACAAGUCCUCAGCCUUACACAAUUAACAAACCAUUUCCCUCCACAUGUUUCACUAAGAACUUGGAUCCUAAAGAAAGCCUUGAUGCAUCAUCAGUCAGUAAUGAGGAUGAUCUGAUUCUUGAGCAAACAAGCAACACAUUUGAUCCCUGUACAUCUCAACUGCUCUCUCCUUGUUGGGAUUCACCUCAUCCAAGGAACAUCUGUAUACAGAGAGAUCUGUCCCCACAAGGUCAUCUGGCUCCAGGAAGGGCUCCAUCCCCCUUGAGACCCAUUUUUUCAAGGCAAGAUGUGAACAUCAGAGGAGAUCUCUCACCAAUACGCCAGCUGUCACCUGUAAGGCCCAUUUCACCAGGGACCGAUGCAUCACGUUAUCGUACAUCCUCCCCACGUGGACAUCACAGAGGCAUGCUUAGGGCUGCAUCACCACGUAGGGGGACCUAUCAGCACAGAUGCUAUGUAGAGUUGAGCAGGGAAAUGAAAUGUGAAGCCUCUACCCUGAUACAAACCACUGCAUUUUACCCAGAAACGGAUAAGCGAGAGGCCAUUCUUCAAAAUGUCAAUGAUGGGGUACGUUGUGAGACCGAUGCAUCCAUCCUCCCCAGCCGAGGCAUCUUCAGCCACUUGCCUUUGCACUCUCAACAGCAGGUCCAGACUCCUAUCCCAAUGGUUCCCAUUGGGGGUUUAAGAAUGCCCUCUGUCUGCACAUCUGGCGUUCCUGUCGAGAGACACUCUCACAUGCUACCACAGGGGGACAUUUCAGAGAGAGCUAAUACCAGGCAAGCCUCAGUUUCUAUUCCAGGACCUCGAGUAAGCAACAUAUCAUCCCAGAGGAAAGAGCAGCCAACAUCUUGCACGGGUCUUGCCAGCAAGGACAACAAGCAGGAGGAGAGUGUCCACAUCUGUGCCGAGGCUAUUGCAUCCCUCAGGAUCACAUCAGAGGAUAUCAUUGGUAAUCCUCCAAAAAGCUGAUUUAAAUAACUUGUUAUAUAAAAUUUUGUCAGGCUAAAUCAAGCUCAUAUGAUGAUUAUUGUUUUGGUAAGGUGCAAUAUGUGGCCAAAAGAAAUGGUAAAGCAAAUAUGCACAUAAUUUCAUAUACAGAUGCACAACACAUAUUGUAACCAAACUGCCAUAUUAGAGUCGCAUUUCCUAUUAACCAUCACUUAUUUUGUCCAUACAUAUAAGGCCAUAUAAAUAUUAAUAUGCAGUCCAUAAAUAUUGAAGUGAUAUUUCAGUAGAUUCAAAUUUCAGAAUCAUUGGAAAUUCUUUCUAUUUUUUCAGAAACUAAAAAGUACCAUCACUUUCCAAAUCUAGUGCAUUAAUAUAUAUUGAUCAUGACUAUAAAUUAAUCAUCCCCGUCUGAUCAGCUUGUGCCUUUUUAGAAUUGUUUGCCUAUGCCUCAGUGAGACAUAAGUAUUGGAUGUAUUGUUAAAGCAGUGAAUAUAGUGUUAAACUGAUCUAAAGUACUGUUGAUGCUUUUUUGAAAUUGCACUCAAUUCACAUUAUACAGUUUGAAUACUAAAUUCAGUAGUGCUACAAUAUUGCUUGGUAUAUAGUUGUUAUUUAUGUUUGCUGGUGCACUUGUUUAAUCUUUUGACUUUUCAGCACUUAUGCAACACAGUGAUAUGUUGUUCAUGUAGUUUAUGAUAUGACAAUGUAUGAUUGCUAUGAUAACCUAAAGUCAUUUGUAAAUGUUAUGCAGUUAGAUGACUAUGUAAAGCACUUUCUACUGAAGUAAUUGACUGAUUAGGUGCAGUUGAUAUUUGGGCUAUUUGGAAUAAUUGUAUGAUUGAUUUUAUCAAAUGGCACAACAUUCCAGCCACUGUUUAGUCAAUUAUAUGCACAUAAAUAUACACAUGGUGUUGGGCAAUAAAGGAUUACAUAUCAACUAGAUUAUGUAUUCAGGUUACAAAAAUGAUGGACUACAUACAAACAGGAUUACGCAUUCAGGUUUUGGAAAAGUAAUAUGGCAAUCAACCAAGAAUGCAUUAAAAACCAUUUAUUUACAGACUAAUUUUCUAAAUAUUAUGUAGUCACAUUCUGUCUGAGAAUAAUCAUAUUUGAUUAGAAAAAAUAGGCAUUGUAUGUUUACAUUUUUUUUCCUCGUACUAAGCCAUUGACAUUAUAAAAAUAUAAUGUAGCAAACCAAAACAUCAUUUUUCUAACACAGAACAAUUUGAGCACAGCAUUUUCAUAUUUCUGAAAGAAUCUUAAUUAACCUUGAACUACACCUGUCUAAUAACGGAACUACAUAAUAAAUAAAAUGGUCAGAUUCUGUUGUAUUUUUCAUAUAAAUAUAUUUAUAAUCAGUGCCUGAGUACAUUUUCUAUGUAAUCUGCCCAACACUACAUAUAUUCUCAUGAACACACAACCAUCUACAUACACACCUAAGCACAUAUACACUCAUGCCAAGGUACACACACACACACAUACAAACACACAGACACACACAAUCAUGUACUGUAAUUAUUUUUUUUAAUGUGUCAUUUGUGAGAACAAAUGAAGAAGAAUUUAUGUCUGUACAAGCUUUUUCUUGACUUCAGAUUUGAAUUGAACUGUGUGUCUGAUCGUAUACAGUUUUAAGGUGCAAUUGUUUUUAAUUGUCUCAAAAUGAAAGUAUUGUUUUAGACAUAGAGAGGAAAUAUAAAUUAGUAUGAUAUUUUGGGACAAGAUCGAUCUAAUGUUCCAUUUUAGUGUACACCUAAUAUAGGCUAUAGUUAAAAUUUAUAUUCAGUGAGUGUUAACACAAUGAGCUCAUGAUAAGGUUAGUUAUAUGAAAGACUUUUUAUGUCAUGUUUACAUUAUAACUAAUAGGGUAUUUUGUUUCAUUAAGUUCAGUUGUAUUUGUUGCAUUGGAUAUAUCAACAAAGUAUGAUAUAUCUUACAUGAACAUUAUUCACAGGUAUUCAGAACUAUUUAUUUAUUGCCAUUGAAGGCAGCUGAUUUCUCUAUGAUACUGUGUUUUACUUCUUUUCUGAUUACAAGAUGUCCAUAAGUAUAUUAAAGUUAUAUGAUAAGGAUUUGUCAGCAAUGUUCUUACCUCAAAUUACUUACAAAUAAAUGUUUAAUAUAGAAAAUGGUGUGACAUACACACUUGGAAUUAAUUUCUCUUAUACUUUCUCUGUUUAAAAAAAUGACAAAUAAGCCUAUAAUUUGUUUUAGAGCACAAUAUUUAUAUUGCACUAAAACUGCUGGAACCACUUUACAACACUUCAAAAUCCAGCAAAAGUAAAACUUUCUAGUGCAGGUCAACAAUUUGCUAGCAAUAAUCAUUGAAUAAGAAA